AUGGAAGAACUAAAGGCAUUGGUGGGUCGACGGAGCCGACUCAAGGCCAGCAUAACAAGAAUUCUGGAUUGGUCGGAACGAACCCAAACUACAUCAACUACUGAGGUAGCCGCUCGGAUGGAUCAACUCCAGUCCGUGUGGAAGGAAUUUAAUGGAAUCGGAGAUUCCAUAGCCCUUCUGGAAGAUGUGGACGGCUAUGUGGAUCCAGAGGUCGAUCACGUGACCUACGGAGAGAAGUACUUGAAGGCAUAUUCUUUACUUCUGGGAAAAAAACGGUUAGUUCAGCAACAAGCAUCAUUGUCUGGCGACGGCAAUGGCGCCAUGGGUCUGCACGCAUAUAACGACGACAUCGUUCAUUUGCUGCAACAACAACAACAACUCUUUGAACAGUUAGCUGCAAACCAGAGCAGUUCAAACUUGUCGAUGCCCGCUCGCAAUGAGGUGGCUGCUUCGGGUUCGACUUCGGGAAACGGCACGACGGCAUUUGUGCAUGCCGGCGAAUUGCCAAAAAUUCAAAUAAAACGGUUCGCUGGACUCUACACAGAGUGGCCAGCUUUUCAAGAUAUCUAUGAGAGCACGAUACACAACAAAAGGGAGUUAACCAACACUCAAAAGUUUCAUCAUUUAAAAACACUGCUCGUCGAUGAUGCUGCCAACUUGGUGCGGCACCUGGCGAUAACUGACACGGCUUACAACACUGCUUGGGAACGCUUAAAGGAAAGAUACAAUAGGCCACGCCAUAUUGUGAACUCAUUUUUGGAGAAAUUUAUGGGUCUACCAACGACAAACAAAAUUGAUGUGUCCAUCUUACGCAAGGUAUCAGAUGGCACAAAUGAGAUUGUUCGCGGUCUGGAUGCGAUCAAUCAAACAGGACGGGACUGCUGGAUACAAUAUCUGGUGUUGGAAAAGCUUGACGCUGAUACACGGCGCAGGUGGAUUGAGCGCAGCAUGGGCAACGAGGCGCCCACACUGGAGGAAUUCUUCAAGUUCUUAGAUGAUCGUUGUAACUCAAUGGCUUUAAGGAACUUGCAACAAGGAAAAAGGGAGAAUCAGCGUAUUCCAAACGCUUCUCAUCACGAUUUGUCUACAACAAGUCUAGUGGCUCAUAAUGGGAGUGCACCAGCAACGGCUCAUGUUCUUGGCAAAAUCACAUCAACACUGGAAAGGCAAAACAUUGACGCAUCGGCACUUGAUGUCUUUAGCGAUCUUCAACUCGCUGACUCGGAAUUCACCACAAGCGCUCCAAUUGACGUUCUUUUGGGCGGUGAACACGUUUGGUCUACAAUCACAGGGAAAAAGUUGUACGACAAUACGGGCAAACUCAUUGCAAUAUCAUCGAUUUUCGGAUGGGUCAUCAGCUCUAUAACGAUGCCCCAAGCUAACAACGCUUUCGCUUUGACAUCAUACAUUGAUGUUAACGCUUCGCUCCAGAGGUUUUGGGAGCUAGAGGACAUCAGUUCCACAACCAAAUUGGAACCUGAUGAUGAGCAGGUGGAGAAACACUUUCUCGCUACGCACACUCGAGAUGAAAAGGGGAAGUACAUCGUGGAACUUCCAUUCAAGGUCACUAAUCCUGAAUUUGGGGAUACUCUACAAGGAGCUAAUCGUUUCCAAUCGGUGGAACGACGCCUACAACAAGAUGCAAAUCUAAGAGCAAAAUAUGUCAACUUUAUGAGGGAAUACUUCGAUUUGGGGCAUAUGCGCGAACUGCCACCAGAUGAAGUCAAUAAUGCACAACGGUUUUAUCUACCACAUCACCCGGUUUUGGGUCGGAAGCUGAGAGUAGUUUUCGACGGAUCAUUUUGCGACACCAAAGGCGAAUCACUAAACGAUUAUCUCUUUACAGGGCCUAGCAUUCAACGCGAUCUAUUUGCUGUCUGCUUGCGCUUUCGGAUGUAUAAAUUUGUAUUCUCAGCCGACAUAGUCAAGAUGUUUCGGCAGAUUUGGGUGAACGACAAACACCGCGACUUCCAGAGAAUUGUCUGGAGAGAAAGGCCAUCGGAUCCAAUCAAACACUAUCAACUAUGCACCGUCACUUAUGGCACCUCAUGUGCACCAUUCCUGGCUGUUAGGGUAUUAGAGCAACUGGCUACUGAUCAUCAGCAGGAAUUCCCGAAUGCUGCAAAAAUCUUACAAGAAGAUUUUUAUGUCGACGAUGUGCUCACUGGGUCAAACAGUGAGGAGGAACUGAUACAAAAUCGAAAGGAACUUAUUCAACUUAUGUCCUGUGCUAAUUUGGAGCUUGGGAAAUGGGUAUCAAACACACCUCGCAUACCAACAGAAGGAACUGAUUCUACACAAUCAUCUCCAGUCAAGGUUCUUGGACUUUACUGGCAACCUGGUCUUGAUACAUUGUCUUAUAAUGUUGGUCUAAAAGGAAAUGUCGAUUGUACAAAACGACAAGUUUUAUCGGAUGUCUCGCGGAUUUUCGAUCCACUUGGGCUUUUGGCACCAAUUGUGGUCCAAUUCAAAAUACUCUUUCAACAAUUAUGGCUUCUCGAUUUGGGAUGGGAUGACAAACUCCCUAAGCAACUAGCGGAUACUUGGCUCAAAUGGCGAGCAGAUUUGGAUAUGCUACAACACAUUCAAAUACCCCGGUUGGUUGUCAACGACACCGACAACAUUGAAUUGCAUGGAUUCUCCGAUGCAUCUACGAAGGCAUACGCUGCUGUAGUGUACAGCAGAGUAAUCAACAAGGAUGGCUCGAUUUCUACAUCGAUUAUGGCUGCGAAGUCUAGGGUGGCUCCGCUAAAGCAGCAAUCCCUGCCCCGCCUAGAGCUUUGCGCGGCACUUCUCCUAAGUCAACUCAUACGUUCGAUAAAGGCGGCACUUCGACAUCAAAAGGUCACGACAUUUGUUGGGAACCGAACUUCGGAAAUUCUGGACACCAUUCCAAGGCAUUAUUGGCGUCAUGUGGACUCCAAAUCAAAUCCAGCUGAUUGCGCAUCCAGAGGUCUCAUGGCUGCAGACCUAAAGGACUUUCAGUUAUGGUGGAAUGGCCCGUCAUGGAUACGUGACGCGGAUCAGUUUAUGGUAAGGUUAAACAACUCACAAGUCUGUUUGAAUAUUUCAGAAAAGAACAUAGAAAAGGAAGUCGAAAGCAAUUGUCUGACUGCAUUAGUAGAGGCAACUCCUGAUCAUCCACUUGAUCAUCUUGUUCAACGAGUAUCUUCAUGGUUGACGCUCGUUCACACGGUUGGCUAUGUCCUUCGCUUUCUACGGCGCACGAAGGGUCCAUUUGGGGACAAGGGCUCAAACUGUCUUACGUUUGAGGAAAUAACCGCGGCACGCAUUGUAUGCUUGCGCCACGCGCAAACCUGCUUUCAGGAUGACUAUCAAUUGCUACUCGCAAAUAAACCAUUGCGAAGUCGAUCUCAGCUGGCUAAACUCUCGCCAAUGAUCGACAAGGACGGACUACUCAGGGUUGGAGGUCGCUUGCACCACUCGCAAUUGUCCACAGAGGCGAAACAUCCAGUUUUGCUACCGAAAUCUCAUCGCAUCACCAAGCUGAUACUUGAAUACGAACACAGGGUCAACCUGCACCCUUGCGUCUCAUCACUCUUUGUUAUGGAUGGAAAGGGGCGCAAACCGCGCAUUGGUAAGGGCUACAUAUGCCUAUUUGUUUGUCUGGUCACAUCGGCAAUCCAUCUGGAACUUGUAACGGAUUUGGGCACCGACUCAUUCUUGGCCGCGCUAAGACGUUUCGUCUCUUUGCGUGGCAAGUGCAACAAAAUCUAUAGCGACAACGGAACGAAUUUCAUUGGAGCUAAACGGUCUCUUGAUGAAAUGCAGAAGCUGCUGGCAUCUCAACCACACAUCGAAAAGGUUAGGAAUGCUCUGGCGAAUGACGGCAUUCAAUGGGUAUUUAUUCCACCACAUGCUCCUCAUUGGGGAGGAAAAUGGGAAUCUGCAGUCAGAUGCGUAAAGCUGCAUAUUCGCCGAGUCAUUGGGAAAUCUACUCUCACCUACGAGCAGAUGCGAACUCUACUUGCACAAGUCAGUGCGGUGGUCAACUCACGACCCUUGUGCUACAACUCGGACACAGAUAUCAAUUAUUUGUCGCCAGCACAUUUCUUGAUCGGCAGGCCUCUCACAACUAUACCAGAGGCAGACUUAGGCCACAUCCCCGUGGGCCGACUUGGGUACUGGCAAAGUAUCCAAUCUAUGAUGCAAGGUUUCUGGAAGCAAUGGCACCAGGAGUAUCUUACCACAUUGCAACAGCGUCCAAAGUGGACCACUACAACACCAAAUAUAGCAGUGGGAGAUGUGGUGCUUGUAAAGGAAUCGAACACCCCAUCAGCUCACUGGCAUCUGGCGCUGGUUCUCGAAGCCUACCCAAGCAAGGAUCAAUUGGUUCGAGCG